CAGUCAUCUUCGUUUUCGUCCAUCGUUCUCGCCUGCCAACAUUUCUUCAUUUUCCUCAUUCUCCUCCGCUUCCGACGAAAACACGCAUAUACCCCGGAAACAUUGGGAAAUUGGGGGAGAAAUUAGAAAAAUUAGGUUUGGGUUUGCGUUGCUCUGCUCUGCUCCGUUUCCAAAGGCCGUGGGUGGGAGAGAAAUCGAGAAAAUUAGGUUUGGGUUGGUCUCGCUUGUGCCAGUGUUGGGAAGAACAAGAAAGAUCGACAUAGGUGAGUGCUACUCUGUCACAACACAAUAGGGGAGGAUUUGAGGAGAACUACCUUGGUUUAUUUCAGGAUUGAACACCAAUGUUGAAGAAGAUUGGAGUAUGAUUUUUGUGGGGGAUGAAGAGAAUUUUUUUAGGGCAACUCUUGGCUCCUCAGAAGAUUUCUUACAAAUCAGCUUUAUUUCAAUCCCGCAGUCGAAACCUACUUCUCUUCCGCGGCCAAUUUGAUGCACAAUCACCAUCGGAUUGCUCGAAAGCUGAGAAUUUCAAGCUCAGGUUCGAAAUUAUCAAUGGCGUCGACGAUGCUCUGCGCGUGUAUGACCAUAUGGUUAAAAUGAAAUCCAUGCCUUGUGUGCGAGAAUUCAAUAAGCUGCUUUCAUGUUUAGUUAAAUUAAGAGAGUAUUCGACAGCCAUUUUUGUCUUUAAAGAUAUUUGCGGAUUGGGGAUUGCAGUUAGUGAGUAUACUAUGAGUAUUGCAAUUAAUUGCUAUUGUUCUUUGAAUUCGGUAGGGUAUGGAUUUUCCCUGUUGGGGUGGUUUUUUAAGCUUGGCCUUGAACCUAAUGCAUCGUCUUUCAGUCCAUUGUUGAAGAGUUUGUUUCAAGGAAAUAGGAUUGAUGAGGCACAAGAAUUGUUUAGGAAGAUUGAAAGAUUUGCUUCGUCUGAACUUAAUGUUGUUCUGUAUGGUAUUGUGAUAGAUGGUCUUUGUAAGGCCGGGGAAACUCAAAGAGCCUUUGAAUUGUUUCGAGUUAUGCCGCGAAGGAACUGUUCGCCGGACAAUUAUGUUUACACCUCACUUAUUAAUGGCUUUUGCAAGGGUGGGUUGAUAGAUUCUGCUGUUAAGCUUUUCUAUGAAAUGCUUAGAAAGGGCGUCGUCCCUGAUGUUGUAACUUACACCUCGCUGCUUCAUGGAUUGUGCAGUUUGAGCCGAUUACAGGAAGCUAAAUUCCUAGUGAAGGACAUGGUUCACUGCAGAGUAUACCCUGAUGUUGUCGUUUUCAAUGUUUUGAUAGACGCUUUGUGUAAGGAAGGUUUGGUGGAUGAGGCGGACGACGUAAUUUUUAUUAUGGUGCAGAACAAUGUGGUGCCUGAUAUACGUACUUACAAUUCUUUGAUGGAUGGUUUUUGUUUGCUAGGCCGAAUGGAUGAUGCAAGUAAUGUGUUGAAGUCGAUGGUUGGUGCGAGAAUUUCUCCCGACACUUUUACCUACAAUAUCUUGAUAAAUGGUUAUUGCAAGAGUAAGAAAAUAGACGACGCCUUGAAUCUCUUUCAGGAGAUGGUGGAUAGAAGGUUAAAACUUGACUUGCCUACGUACAAUACUGUAUUGCAGGGGCUAUUUAGUGUGUCUAGAUGCUCAGCUGCACUUGAGUUAUUCGAUGAAAUGCAAGCCCGGGGACAUAAACCGGAUUUUUUUACAUAUUGCAAUAUGAUGGACGGCUUAUGUAGUAACGGACAAGUUGAACAAGUAAUGUCGUUGUUGGUUGAAUUGGAGAGCAAGGGAAUCGAUCUUCAUCAGAAUUACUAUAAUAUAGCAAUGGAUGGAUUGUGCAAAGCUGGAAAGCUUGAUGUUGCACGAGCUCUUUUCAAUGACCUCCCUUCGAAGGGACUGCAACCUGAUAUCGUAACUUUUGGUACAAUGAUAAGUGGAUGUUGCCAAGAUGGUAAAUUAGAGGAGGCUAAAUUAUUUUUUGUGAAAAUGAAACAAAAAGGUUGGUUUCCAAACGAUCUUGUCUACAAUGUCCUUGUUAGAGCAUUUCUUGCGAAGGGUGAAUUCGGCGAGGCAGCAGUGUUUUUUCAAGAGAUGUCGGAGAGAGGGUUUUUCCCGGAUUCUUCUACAUCUGUGUUGUUGCUCGACUUACAGAAAACCAGAGGAAAUAAUUCUAUACUUCUUAACAUUAUUAAUAGAUUUGCUUGAACCAUUGUGAUUGGAGGGAGCUGAAGUUGAUGAUUUUUAUGUAAGUUCAUACUGUACUCCAAAAUUUAUGUCAUUAUGUCGUAAUCGUUCUGCACUACGAUAUGCUGCAAUUCUGGUUGGUGCACUACAGAAAUACCCAAGAGAGGAAAGGCACAGUGCGUUUUUCGAUCUUAGCUUCUUGUUGUGUAUAUUGAAGUUAUCCAUCAAGAUUUAUGCGAUAACUGGAACUGGGGUGCAUUUGUUGUUUUGUGGAAAUGAGUGCUGCUGUUCGAGUUUCUCAAGAAAUCGGUGUAAAACUGGGGUAUGAGUGUGGCGCUCGUUGAUAAGGCCCAUGAAAGAACACUGUCAACCGACAUUUUAUUUGGCUUCGCGAACCUCUUAUUUGUUGACUUCAAGGUACAAUAAUGGCGAAGUAAGGACUGAACUCUGAAGGGCAUUGCAAACUCAUUAGAAAGUCUAGUGGAAGCUUAAGAUCAGCACUCUAUGCUGAGACGUUCAGGCGAUUAUUUUGAUUUUGCUCCAAAUUUUAAAAUGCCCGGAAGGAGAUAUUAUUAUGUUGAAAUACAUUAUAUACCAAGGCCCCCGAAGCUGAUUAUUUCGAUGCAGCUAUGGUUACUGCACAGCAAAUCCAUGUGACCCGACCCCUGUUGAUGGGCGAUAUUCCGGUUUUCUUAAAUGGGCAGGAGGAGAUAGAAACUGCUGAAGAGAUUCUUGAGCAUCGAAUGAGAGGGUUGGGAACAAAAAUAGCAAACUUAUCAUCAUGUGCCUGAGCGACAAAUACUGCUGAGAUUUCUUUGGCUAUUGGCGAUGUCAAGAGUGUUAUUGAUCCAGGUUUUUGUAAGAUGAAGUAAUAUAUAUAUAUAUAUAUAUUUAUAUAUAAUCCUUGGACUGGAAUGGAGUCAUUAUUGAUCUCUCCAGUCUCUAAAGCAUCAGCUGAUCGGCCGAUCUGGAAGAGCCGGUCUGGGAAAAUGUUUUCGUAUGACCUAGAGGGUAAUGCUGCUAUUCCAGAAAUACAAGGCUAACUUGGCCGAUCUAGUGCUUGCUCUAAAGAGUCUCAACAUCUGCAAAUUACGCCGGCAAGUUAAAAGUAGUAAGUCAUACUAAUCGAACAAAACCAAGAGGCGUUAGGAGGUUUUGAAUUUAGGAUCUCACACUUACGGGUCUACUCCUCACACUAUUACGAGGUAAUUUUUAUUUAUUUUUUUGGUGACAUGGGAGUUCGUUUAGAGAUAAAACUCUAUUGUAGGCAUCGAAACUUCAUUAUGCACUUAAGAAGGUUGGGGUUGGAUUGUUUUGUAUCUCGGUUUGAACUGCUAUUUUUCUAUUUUACUAGAUAUUUAUAUUAUUUAAUGAAAAUGUGUAUGAGCUUUUCACCGAUCAAUCCUAUGCUAUCUAAGAUUAGAUAUUAAUAAAAACAACCACAAACACGUGUCCAACCUAACAAUUGUACGAUGGACGCUUUGAAAUUUUUCUAACACAAUGGCUUACAAAAACUUACUUCUGAUGCUGCUUCAAUAUUUUUUUUUGCUUUAGUUUUAGACUGCCAAAAUCAAUACUAACUCAAAAUCAUCAAUUUGUUCAACCAAAAUUUGUUCCGAUUCAAUUCAUAUCUUGGAAUAGAGAUAUAUAAUUUUUUUUUUUAAUGACGUGGAAGCCACAACCCGUGGAGGAAUAGAGAUUUGAAAAUAUUAAA